AGAGCGUCGACGUACAGUUUCCCCGCCCCUUCCAGCCUCCGCGGAAAGCGGCUCUUCCUGCGACCCUCCAGCUCCGAGUCCGGCGGAACUGAGCUUCGGCGCCGCAGGUUCCCGCUCGGAAGAGGCGACCAAGGCGCUUGCGGAACCUCAACAUGGCGUGGUCGGGGAAUAAGGCAGCUGUGGUGCUGUGUAUGGAUGUGCGUUUUGCCAUGAGUAACUCCUUUCCUGGUGAAGAAUCCCCGUUUGAACUAGCAAAGAAGGUGAUGACCAUGUUUGUGCAGCGACAGGUGUUUGCUGAGAGCAAGGAUGAAAUCGCGUUAGUCCUUUUCGGUACAGAUGGCACUGAGAACGCCCUUGCUGGUGAGGACCAGUAUCAGAACAUCACAGUGCACAGACACCUGAUGCUGCCGGAUUUUGACUUGCUGGAGGACAUUGAAAGCAAAAUCCAACCAGGUUCUCAACAAGCUGACUUUCUGGAUGCCCUCAUUGUGUGCAUGGAUUUGAUUCAACAAGAAACUGUAGGAAAGAAGUUUGAGAAGAGGCAUAUUGAAGUGUUCACUGACCUCAGCAGCCCAUUCAGCGGAGAUCAGCUGGAUAUUAUAAUUCAUAACUUGAAGAAAUCUGGCAUCUCCCUGCAGUUUUUUUUGCCUUUCCCAGUUGGCAAGGAAGAUGGAACUGGGGACAGAGGAGAUGGCCAUUUGCUCUCGGACCACCAUGGGCCCUCCUUUCCUCUAAAAGGAAUCAGUGAGCAACAAAAAGAAGGUAUUCAGAUGGUGAAAAAGGUGAUGAUGUCUUUAGAAGGUGAAGAUGGGCUGGAGGAAAUUUAUUCCUUCAGUGAGAGUCUGAGACAGCUGUGUGUCUUUAAGAAAAUUGAGAGGCGUUCCAUACCCUGGCCCUGUCAGCUGACCAUUGGCUCCAAUUUGUCUAUAAAGAUUGUGGCUUAUAAAUCGAUUCUACAAGAGAAAGUUAAAAAGUGUUGGACAGUUGUGGAUGCAAGAACUCAAAAAAAAGAAGAUAUACAAAAAGAAACAGUUUAUUGCUUGAAUGACGAUGAUGAAACUGAAGUUCCAAAAGAGGAUACUAUUCAAGGGUUCCGCUAUGGGAGUGAUAUCAUUCCUUUCUCUAAAGUGGAUGAGGAACAAAUGAAAUAUAAAUCGGAGGGGAAGUGCUUCUCUGUUUUGGGAUUUUGUAGAUCUUCUCAGGUCCACAUGAAAUAUUUUAUGGGAAAUCAAGUUCUAAAGGUCUUUGCAGCAAAAGAUGAUGAGGCGGCAGCAGUUGCCCUUUCCUCCCUGAUUCAUGCUUUGGAUGAAUUAGACAUGGUGGCCGUAGUUCGAUAUGCUUAUGACAGAAGAGCUAAUCCUCAAGUUGGCGUGGCUUUUCCUUAUAUCAGGGACGCCUAUGAGUGUUUAAUGUACGUACAGCUGCCUUUCAUGGAAGACUUGCGGCAGUACAUGUUUUCAUCCUUGAAAAAUAAUGGGAAAUGCACUCCCACAGAGGCGCAGUUGAGUGCUGUUGAUGCUUUGAUUGACUCCAUGAGCUUGGUAAAGAAAGAUGAAGAGGAGGGCACCAUUGAAGAUUUAUUUCCAACCAGCAAAAUCCCAAAUCCUCAAUUUCAGAGAUUAUUUCAGUGUCUGCUGCACAGAGCUUUACAUCCCCAGGAGCCUCUGCCCCCAAUUCAGCAACACGUUUUGGAUAUGCUGGAUCCCCCCACUGAGGUGACAGCUAAAUGUCAGGUUCCUGUCUCUAAAAUAAAGACCCUUUUCCCUCUGACUGAAGUCCUCAAGAAAAAGGACCAAGUGACUGCUCAGGACAUUUUCCAAGAUAACCAUGAAGAGGGACCCACCUCUAAAAAACUGAAGACCGAGGGAGAGGAAGCCCACUUUAGUAUCUCCAGCCUGGCUGAAGGCAGUGUCACCCGUGUUGGAAGUGUGAAUCCUGCUGAAAACUUCCGUGUUCUAGUGAGGCAGAAGAAGACCAGCUUUGAGGAAGCAAGUCACCAGUUAAUAAAUCACAUUGAGCAGUUUUUGGAUACUAACGAAACACUGUAUUUUAUGAAGAGCAUGGACUGUAUCAGAGUCUUCCGGGAAGAAGCCAUUCAGUUUUCAGAAGAGCAGCACUUUAACAGUUUCCUGAAAGCCCUUCGAGAGAAAGUGGAAGUUAAACAAUUAAAUCAUUUCUGGGAAAUUGUCACCCAGGAUGGAAUUACUCUGAUCACCAAAGAUGAAGCUUCUGGAAGCUCUGUUACUGCUGAGGAAGCCAGAAAGUUUCUGGCCCCCAAAGAAAAUCCAGAUGAAGACACAGCAGCUGUAUGUGAGGAAGGUGGUGAUGUGGAUGAUUUGCUGGACUUGAUAUAGCUCAUGGAUGUGUGGGGAAUCUACAAGAGUUGCUAUCACUGUGGUGCUGAGAGUUCUAUACAGAACAACCUGGAGGAGGUCAUUCAAGUAGAACCGGAAGCUCUGGAGAUGGUCCCUGCAGAUUAUACAGAAGUGAAAAACCUAAUUCCCUGUGGAAUGAAUACAAACAUAUAUAAGGGAUAAUUUAGACCCCAUACAAGUUAAUAAAGAGUCAUUAUUUUCUGAUCAGUGUAU